AUGGAAGGAGAAUCUGAAACCCAUGUUUCAACUAACCCACCACCACCACCAACCCUUCCACAAUAUGCUCCUCCACAAUCAUCCACUCCGCAAUCAACCCCUUUACCUAACACUUUAGGAAAAAGAAAGCUUUGUAAGAAUGCUUCGGGGGUUUGGGAUCAUUUCACAAAGAUAAAGUGUGAGGAUGAUAUUAGUGAGCCUAGAUGCAUAUAUAAGUAUUGUAAAAAGGACUAUGCACGUGAUGGUAAAAAGAAUGGCACAUCCACUUCGUGA